GGGAGCGCCGAGGAGGAGCGACGGCGUGCGGCGACUAUGGCACUAUUCCACGUAGCGCGGUACGCAGGCCCGGAGGCUUCCAGGCUGCGGGAUGCAGAGGUAGAAGCGGGUAGCCGGGCGCGAGUGCUGCUCGAGCGGCUGCAGAACCGAGCCCGUGAGCGGCAGCAGCAGGAACCGAAACCUGAACCCGCCGGGGAGGCCGAGGAAGCGGCAGGCAGGCGGCGUCGACGGCCCCGGCGGCGGCAUGGCGGCUCUGUGGCUCAGUGCCCAGAGGCUCCUAGGGCGAAGCGGCAGAAAGCGGACUACAGUGUGGAUGCAGGGAGAGGCGAAGAGUCGCCUGGAGAGCUCAACACCGACUUAGAGGACUCAGUUGAGAAGCCCCCAGAGGAGGCCCCGAGACUUCCGGCUCCAGGGCCUGUGCUGGGGGACUUUGCAAGAAGGAAGACACCGAAGGUCCAACCUUUCCUGCCGGCAUGGCUGGCAAAGCCAAGCUGUGUCAAGAAGAGCGUCACUGAGGAUCUUACUCCUAUCGAAGACAUCCAUGAGGUUCACCCUGACUUGCAGAAGCAACUGAGGGCUAAUGGCAUCUCUUCCUACUUUCCAGUCCAGGCAGCUGUGAUUCCUGCCCUCUUGGAGAGUGCAGAUAGUGGGUUUCUAGUAGGCAGAGGUGGUUACCAACCUAGUGACCUCUGUGUGUCUGCCCCAACGGGCAGUGGGAAAACACUGGCCUUUGUUGUCCCUGUGGUACAAGCCCUGAUGCAUCGAGUAGUCUGCCACAUCCGUGCACUGGUUGUGCUUCCUACUAAGGAGCUGGCCCAACAGGUGAGCAAAGUAUUCAACAUCUACACAGACACCACACCUCUGCGGGUUGCUUUGGUGACUGGACAGAAGUCACUGGCCAAGGAGCAGGAGAGCCUUGUCCAGAAGACUGUAGAUGGUUACCGAUGCCUGGCCGAUAUUGUGGUGGCCACACCUGGCCGCCUGGUGGACCACAUUGACCAGACCCCAGGAUUCAGCCUCCAGCAGCUCCGCUUCCUGAUAAUUGAUGAGGCUGACCGGAUGAUAGACAGCAUGCACCAGUCCUGGCUGCCCCGGGUGGUGGCAGCAGCCUUCUACAAUGCAGGCCCCUCAGGCUCCUGUGCCCUACUCCAGAGGACACAGCCCCAGGCUGUGACUGCUGCCAGCACCUGCUCUCCCCAGAUGCCUCUACAGAAGUUACUGUUCUCAGCCACACUGACCCAGAACCCUGAGAAGCUGCAGCGGCUUGGCCUCUACCAGCCAAGGCUUUUUUCCACGAGGCUGGGACAGAGUGGCCCUAAAGACACAGUUGAGAUGGAUGGAAACUUGGGGGGGAAGUACACCUUCCCGGUGGGGCUUACGCACCACUAUGUACCUUGUAAACUCAGCUUGAAGCCACUUAUUGUCUUACACCUGGUCCUUGGGAUGAACUUCUCAAGGGCCCUUUGCUUCACUAACUCUCGAGAGAAUUCCCACAGGCUCUUCCUGUUAACACAAGCUUUUGGGGGUGUGAGUGUGGCUGAAUUCUCCUCCCGCUAUGGACCUGGCCAAAGGAAAAAAAUCUUGAAGCAGUUUGAACAGGGAAAGAUCCAGCUCCUUAUCAGCACAGAUGCUACUGCUCGAGGCAUUGAUGUGCGGGGUGUGGAGCUGGUGAUCAACUAUGAUGCCCCCCAGUACCUGCGAACUUAUGUGCAUAGGGUUGGGAGAACAGCCCGAGCUGGAAAAACAGGCCAGGCCUUCACACUUCUCCUCAAAGUGCAGGAAAGGAAGUUCCUCCAGAUGGUAUCAGAAGCUGGGGUGCCUAAGGUGGCACACCAUGAGAUCCCCAAGGAGCUCCUGCAGCCCCUGGUCCCUCAUUACGAAAUGGCCUUGUCUCAGCUGGAGAAGAUUGUCAAGAAAACAACAGCUAUCUGGUUGAAAAAUGAAUGAAAGUAACUGCCAAAAAUGAAGACCCUGCCUCUUGCUCCCACCAACCACCUGGCUUGGGCACACUGAAGUAUGCUGCCACAACAGUGGGAAGGAUGGAGAAAGGUGAGUGCAACAUUGACCAAGGACCCCACUGAGCUCAGUUCUGCCUGAGGACUAUGGGGAAUGGGAAUAGGAAUUGCUUCUGGGAGCCAGGUACCCAGGAACCUCCCGGGGAUAUUCUUCCCCCAACACAGCACACACUAAGCCAAAACGAUGGGUUUUUGCUAGUAGGACAGGUUUGUGGUUCAGAAAAUAUUAAACCUCUUCUGGUUUUUAAACACCUAACUGCUACUUUUAUCCCAAGUUUCACGUUAUGAGCUCAAAAGUGAGUUCUACGUGGGCUUCAGGAUGUACUGUCAUAUUCCUGCCCACACAGUACACAAAAAGUAGAAUGGACAUGACAGGGAAGAAUACUCAAACAAUACAACUCCUGUCUUCAAGGCUGCAGUGCUGACAGCAUAGACCUCAGAGACUUAACUUCCAGGCUUCAGCACUAAGGCACAGUCAGCCUGUUAUGCCCAAGAAUGCCAAACAAGUCACUUUACAGUGGUAAGAAGAGUGAACUUAGGACUGAACUUCAUUCAACACUUUCUCCUUCAAUUGUAGGCCUGUUACUGUAACAGCUGUUUAAAAUCCAUGAAGAACUGCUGGGGUGGCACAACAACAAUGCCUUCCAGACUAGACCAGGACAAUAAGGAAACCUGGGUUUCCUUAUUGAAACCAGGCUUAUUGGCACCAGGCUGCCCUAUACAUGUAACCCACACUAGCUUGUCACAAGAAUACUGUAAAGGAUCUCAGUACAGUGUGUAUAAACACAAACUUGGCUAUACAGAGAUGGUGUCAGUCCCAGAGCCUCAUUCAAAGGAAAGCCACUGCAAGAUGGGUGCUCAUAAUGCAAGCUAGGACCUCACGGGCAUAUUGAGAAAGGUAAGAGAAGACCAGAGUGGAGGCUCUAGAAAAGGGGUGAGGUGGAGGCAUCUAAUGGUCUGCUCUUAUCUCCUACAUCUCCCUGAACAUUCAAUGGUACCAAAGACCAUGUCUGAGCUGGAGCCUGCUAUAGGACAUGCUGCCCCUACCACAUAUACUGAGUAGUGUACACUACAGAAGAAACUAAAGAGCUUUUCAAAAGACUGAUGUGGACAUUGCCCCCACAGUGAAACCAUCAAAGACUGCAACUGUCGCUUUUUCAGCUAGUCACACAGAAGAAAGUCAAAUCACUUUGGCCAACCUAGGUAGCAGCAGAU